AUGACUUCCCGCUCGUCAUGUGCAGCUUUCUCCUUCACCCUUUCCCUCAUCUUAUGGCACUGUGUCCUUAUCAGUGCUGAAGACACAACCGCCCCGCUACCGGCAUCCACACUCCUCCCUCAUAGCAAUCAGCAGGCCACGGUGGGGUGGGUGAACAAUCCCAAAAGGAGAGGAACCUUGACCAUCAUCAUCGACUGUUUGACGACAAUCUUUGCCUGCACCUGGACCGUCUUGCACCUCAAUAUUCCUGCUAUAGAGGAUUCCCCCACGACACGCAUUCUACGCAAACUGAAAUGGAUGGCCAUUGCGAUUGUAUUUCCUCAAAUCAUCUUCGUCAAAGCCGUCUGCGAACUGCGAUUUGCGUUAUUCACACUGCAUAUGAUGUACCGAAGCGUUAAAGAGUCGCCGGAGAAAUUCGAAACAGAGCCGACAAAGGUGUAUGGCAAUGGGCGUUUAGUUUCGGUUACUCAGAUAUGGACCGUCGAGUUUGGGCUACUGAAAAUAUGGCUCUACAAACUACUACUGCGACAAUGGCCAUCAGUGGAAUCAACAGCUAAAUCGACUCAUCCGGAAGAAUGGUACUACUUACCAGGUCCAUUUUUUGCUUCAAAACAAGUUCAAAAAUGGACACUCACUCAUGCAUACUACGUCAACAUGGGUGGGAUAGUCGCCCAGAAGCAGAACCUAGGCGUACGAGAGACUCCAAAGGGGGAGGCAUUACAGCCGGUGAUCGACUAUUCAGUUGUACGAGGCGACCAUUUCGCAGAUGCAGAUUUAGAAGCAUGGAGUUCCGGCCACCCACUUCAACAACUUCGACUAUCAGUGAAGGACAUCAAAGAUAAAAGCAAAGCGGACUGGAUCGUCAAGACAAUUGCUAUCAUUCAAAUUGGACGACUCAUUUUGGACCUCAUUACACGCACUUGGUCGUUCCGGUUUCCGACGCGGGUGGAGCAACUUGCCUGGCAAGCGGCUGCCUUGGUAUCAACAAUUCUACCCAUGAUUGCCUGGGCUGGACUAUUUCUACCCUACCUGUACAGAUCUCCGGGGCUCAAGAGAAAGCUUGCGGAAGCCGUGGCAGAAAAGGUUGACUCUUUUGGUCCCGAACUAUUGAAUGCCGACGACGAUUGGUGGAACACUUUCACGACUGCACUCCGAGGCCUGCUUCGGGACCUGUGGAGGAGCCAACAACAGGGUAGAAGCGGGGAACAAGAAAGGAUCAUCAGCACCAUCUGGGACAUUGAAAACGACUUGAAGGUGUCCGGGUCCACUACGUAUGCUCUCAGAGAUCAAUACGAAACAUGGAUCAAAGGCCAAGACGCAUUCCUGUACGGAACACUACCUGAAGAUCCUGAGCUUAGCGCUCCAUACAAGGCAUGGUAUUAUUUUCGAUAUCGCGAACCUGCCUCCGACCCGGGUUUGUUCAGAUGGAUCUUCCUACGUUGUGAAAUCGACAUGGGGACGAGCGGCGCGCAAUACCGGAAGAAGUGGAGGAAUUUUUACAUUUUGGUCCAGAGUUUCAACAUGGUCGCAGCAAUCCUUUAUACGGCUGCUCGGCUCAUAAUCCUCGCCAUCAUGUUUUCCAGUCUUCGGGCGGCUCCAGACGGGGUGUACGACACUCCUGAUUGGACCCGCUUCAUGCCGAGCUUCUCAUAG